GUUGGUUUCCCCAAACUUAUAUUCAUAGCGGCGCUGCUUUCUUUUCCCGCCCGCCAUCAACCUUCAAAGAUGGUAGCAGCGUCGUCCACUUCGCGGCCCAAGGCCGUGAAGCGGGUCAAAGGAGGAACAGAGACAACCAAGUCGCACCGAUUCGAGCCGUUUUCGCAGCGCGUCGCAAAGCUCAAGAUCGACCCCAUCCAUCGCGUGCGCCGCCCCAGCUUUGGUGAAGAGGGCGAUGAGACCUCCUCCUACUUCCGCUCGGCUUUCGAUCACUGGGUCGAGCUGAACCUCUCCGAGAACUUCGUUCAGUUUGCCCGCCGAGUCAACCCGCUGUGCGAGAGUCUGGCGCAGAUCCUGUACCACGAGGACAAGAUUAUGAACCUGCUCGUGGAGUUCAUCGAGAAGAGAGAUCAGUUGUCGAUAGAACCACUUUUGGCUCUCCUCGCCCAGUUCGCGCGAGACUUGGGCGUCCGUUUCGAGAAACACUUCGCCACGGCGGUCACCCUCGUCGCAUCCGUUGCCGCUACUCAUACCGACGUCGAAGUGGUGGAAUGGAGCUUUAGCUGCUUGGCCUGGAUCUUCAAGUUCCUGUCACGACUUUUGGUCCCAGACCUCCGACAACUGUUGGGCAUCAUGACCCCCUACCUCGGCAAAGAACGACAAAAAACACAUGUUGCCCGUUUUGCCGCCGAGUCCAUGUCGUUCCUGAUCCGCAAGGCGGGGCUGCUUUAUUACAAGAAUGCCACUCCCCUGCAACGUGCGGUCUCUUUUCUGCUGGAGGAUUUACGCCAAGCGGCCGGUGAUGACAAGAAUGUCGAUAUUUACAAGGAUGGACUUAUGGCAAUGUUUUCCGACGCAAUCAAGGGCGUCAAGAACGGCAUUCACUCCAACGGAACCGACAUCCUGACCUGCAUUCUGGAACAUAUCUGCACUGGCGACGAUCUGCAAAGCAGUUUGGCGCUUGAUGUCACUUGCGGUUUGCUUAUCAACAUUAUGCAUAAUACCACGGCCGAGACCUUCGAACCGAUUCUAGAGACCGUCCGCUCGUACAUUGAAUCAUCGUGCUCCAAGACCGACAAGCAAAAUGCGAAUGCAUGCUGUCGCUUGAUUUUCCAGUGUAUCGCCACUCGCAAGGGUUCUCGAGUCAAGAACUGGAAGCCUGUCCACAACAUCCUCCUGCGUCUGCUCAAGAAGGCUGCAGAGGCGCCCGAUGCGUACGCCGAGGCUGCUCCGCAGCUGCUCACCGCAGUCGCGUAUGCACUUCAAGUCUCUCCAAUGGACGAGAUGCUACCAUACAUGCGCUCGCUCAUGGAUGCUGUUACGAACGACAAACUGUCAUCCUUUUUCUUGCCAUUUUGCGCCACCUUCUCAGAGUGGGGUCCGGAGAGAUUCCAUAGCGUUGUCCUGCCUUAUUUCCAGAAAUUUGUGAACACCUUGUGGCAGGAGCAUGAACAUGAGCUCUGUCUGGCCUUGCUACGAUUGAACCAGGCCGGCUGUAUCACGUCGGAGGCCUCGAAACCUGGUUACAUUACCUGUCCUCCAUCAUGGAAAUCGCGUGUCAAGGAUACGUUGAACAAGCCCACGCACAAUGCCACUGAACUAAGUCUCGUCAACGCGUAUUCCAAGCUUCCUAAUGCAAUGUCCUUGUCAACCGAACCAUCUCUUCUGCCCGAUCUUGUACAAACCCUGCAUGGCCAUCUGCUUCGCACACUGAAGAACAACAAGAAAAACCCCGAUACGUCUGCGACGACGAAAUUCUACCUUGGUCAGGGCUUCAAGGCAUAUGUCGAGCUUGCCUCGCAAUCGCCAUCCGAGGAACUCGAUCGCUCUCUCUGGAACCAGAUCAGUGCCGUAGCCGUCACAUACGCUCGUCUUCCGGUGUUCCUCGAAGCAACGUUAGCUUACAUUUCGACAUUGAAGGGGGAGCUGGAUCUCGAGAGUCCGACUCUGGAAGAAUUCGCUGACGUGCUCAUUACAAACCUGAAUGGACCGUCUCAGAAAAUUAGGUUAUUGUCUCUGAAGAUAUUGCGAGAACUUGUUCAAGCGUUGGGCGACGAUGCUGAGUUGAUUUCCACGGCCAUUGAAAUCGAAGAGAGUCCAUUGACCCUUCAUAGCCACAGAGUCCUGGCAAUGCAAGUGCGUAAGCUUGCGAUAGCUUACCCACAGGUGGUGUCUCGGAGAUGGAUGGCAAGAUUAAUCCCCAAUUUCUGCUUUGGACUUUUUUCCAAAAAGAUGACACCUUUGUGGGACGACUCUGCGGAGGCCCUGAAAACAAUGUGCGAGCAAUCUGAGGGAGAAAAGAUCAUCUCAGAUCUUGCCAUGAACUGGCUCCUUGAACGGGGCUCUGUUGAUGCGGGCGCAGCUGAUCAAGAGGAAGAAACCCCUGACUACCGCUCUGGAUAUUUCCAGUGCUUCAACGCAGCUAAGAUUGAAGACAUAUCCGCCAAAUAUUUCCAAGGUCCUGAGCAACCCGAUUCCAUGCUAGAUGAUGAUUAUAGCAAAGACCAUGCUUUCACAGAUGCACUUCCAGCUUCUCCUCGGACUCAUGCUCUGCGUGUUCUCAACGCGGUCCCCAAUAUUGCAGAGAAACGUUUCCGCCAAAUCGCGCCUCUGUUUCUCCAGUGGGCUUCACGCGACGACGACGAAAGUCCGUCCGACGAAGACUUCAUCCCCUGGGGUUUCCUUGAUCGUCUGGCGUUCCUCAGGCUUCUGGGUCAAUUCGUCAAUCCUCGUGUUCUCUACAAAGCUCCUGAAAUCCACGAUGCUCUUCUGGGACUACUCUGCCAUGGUAACUCUGACAUUCAGAAGUGUACACUGAAAGCUCUCUUCACGUGGAAGUCGCCUAGCAUUGUCCCUUACCAAGAAAAUCUUAUGAAUAUCAUGGAUGAGAACCGCUUCAGAGAUGAGCUGUCCGUCUUCGUCCGCGUUGGUGGCGAAGACAGUUUGAUCGAAGAAGCACACCGGCCAGAGCUUGUCCCUGUUCUCCUCCGCGUACUGUACGGCCGUAUGAUUUCCAAGGCCGGUGCAACCUCUAGCCAGGCAGGACAAACGGGACGGAGAAAAGCGAUCCUGCGAACCUUGUCACAGCUACCUGACAUGGAGUUUGGGGUCUUCAUGCAAGUCUCAUUCGGUCCGCUAAGCAAUGUCAAUCUUGUCCGCGAUGGCCAAAUUGACCAGCAAGCUUUCGAGCAGUCUCUUGCCAGUCCGAGAAAACAAACGGGUUUGUUAAAGAUGAUUGAGACUGUUUUCGAAACGCUUCAAAGCCGAAUGAUCCCUUACGCAGAGAAAUCUAUGAACGUGGUGCUCUAUUGUCUCGUGCGCGCAUGUCGAGAGCUUGGAAAAGAGAGCACAGCAACGGCCGCAGAAGCGCCGCAAGAACACCAGCUGGCCGUGCUUCGUAACAUCCGCUACACAUGCAUACGCUGCCUCGACCUUAUCUUUGCGAUUUCUCUCGAUUUCGACUGGUCAUCCUACGUUCGCCUAAUCUUUGACGAGGUGAUCAACCCAAGACUAGAAAGUUUCGCGAUUGAGACCGCUCAGGGUGUUUCUGGUCUUCUCAAGCUUUUCCAUACCUGGGCUACUUCCCCAAGAUCGGCGUUCUAUCUAACCAAGUUCAACGACAGCCUUUUGACCAAGGUAGUGGAUGUUCUUGGCGUCGAGUCUGCACGGGACGAGGUUAAGGUCUUCGUCAUGGACGAGGUUUUGAAUCCUCUUGUCAGUCUGGCCACCGGAAAGGCGCUCCAGGAAAACGAAACCAUGAGCGACAUUCCUGCGGACGAAAUCAAGUCCCAGGUAUUGGGUCCGUAUAUUGAACAUACUCUGUCUCACUUGGCUCAGCUCCUGAAACGUGGCCCAUCUCGUCCACUGCUCGUCUCGGGUGUCCAAACUCUUUCCCUCAUCUCGCCUUGUGUUGAAUCCUCCAAGGAGACCUACAGCCUCAUCAGCAUCACUACCUAUCUUCUCCGCCAGCCUCCUGACCGAGUCUCGCCUAAAACGAAGUCUGGCCUCCUGCGCUCUUUGGAGCAUUUCCUACCCUUGUUCAACCACCAGGAGGACGCGGAGCUCACCAAAGCGGUGUUCGAGGCUAUUUCUUCUCUUUUCGACUAUUUCCGCGAUGAUGCGAAUAGAGAGGUGCUAGCUAGGGUCUUUACGGCAUUUGCUGCCCACGACUCGCAUCUGACUAAGGCCGCUAGUCUUUGCGAAGACUUGAACUCCAUCGCGAUGAAGAAGCUGGAAGUUGACUACGAGCGCCGACUGCAAGCUUUCAGGGAAAUCAACGAAAAGUUGUGGGACAAGCUUGAUGCUAAGCAGUGGCGCCCUCUGCUCUACAACGUCUUGUAUUCAGUCAAAGACGAAGAAGAACUCUCAAUUAGAUCUAGUGCUGCGUUUGGCUUGAAGAGGUUCAUGGAACGGGCAAUUCUUCCUGACGACAAAGAGGAGAUGGAGAUACUUGUGGCAGAUAUUCUGUUUCCUGCUUUGCAGGCCGGUGUCCGCCAGAAAUCGGAGCUCAUCCGUUCUGAGUUUGUGUCUGCACUCGGCUAUUUCGUCAAGUUGAACCCCGAGCGGCCCAACGUGAAGGACAUGCACGUACUGCUAGUGGGCGAUGACGAAGAAGCUUCCUUCUUCAACAACGUGCUACACAUUCAGCAACAUCGUCGUCUGCGUGCCCUGCGCCGUCUCGCAAGCGAAGCGGCUAAUGGCCAGCUCCAUGCCUCGAAUAUUAGCACCAUCUUCAUUCCUCUCAACGAACACUUUGCCUUCGAUGAAGAAGCCGACGAGGCCGCUCACAACCUGAUUGCAGAGGCCGUGAAUACCAUCGGCACUCUUGCAGAAUGGUUGGAGUGGAGCCAGUUCCGUGCCAUUUUCCGGAGAUACCGCGCGUACAUGCAAAGCAAGUCCGAGAUCGAGAAGAGCAUUCUAAGACUCUUGGGCAAGAUGUCUGAUUCCUUAGCCAAUGCGAUGGCCCAAUAUAGGUCCAUCAAGGAAGCAGCGCAGAGUGGCAUGGAUGGCCUCGAGACGUCGAAACCUAUCUCUACGCUUGCUCGAACAAUCCCAUCGCCAGCAAAGGUGGCGACUGAGCUUACCACCAAUUUCAUUCCUCAACUGACCAGCUUCAUCCAUCACAAGGAUGAAGCGCAGAUGAGUCUCCGCUUGCCAGCAGCGGUCACGACCAUAAAGCUACUGAAGUUGUUGCCUGAGGAAGACAUGGCUAUUCGUCUGCCUCCGGUACUUCUCGAUGUUUGCAGUAUUCUCAAGAGCAAAGCUCAGGAUUCGCGGGAUUCUGCUAGGAAAACACUCAACGAGAUCGCUCUCUUGUUGGGUCCGGGCUACUUCGCUUACAUUCUAAAGGAGUUGCGUACCACUUUGACCAAGGGUUAUCAGCGUCACGUGCUCUCCUUCACGGUUCACUCCAUACUCGUUGCUACAACCGACGAGUAUAAGCAGGGCGACCUUGAUGAUUGCCUGACAGACCUGAGUGCUGUCAUUAUGGACGACACGUUUGGCGCCGUAGGCCAAGAAAAGGAAGCGGAAGAGUAUGUGAGCAAAAUGACAGAAGUCAAAAGCAGCAAGAGUUACGACUCGAUGGAACUACUGGCGAAGAAUGCUACUGUUCCCAACCUUGCUAGGCUGCUCCGACCUCUGCAGUCGCUUCUCCUGGAGAAGCUCAACUCCAAUAUUGUUCGGAAAGUUGACGAGCUACUGCGACGAAUUGGCGUGGGUCUUCUCAGGAACCCUGGUGUGGAAAGUCGCGACAUCCUGAUGUUCUGCUACGAGAUCAUCAAGGAGACGUAUAAAGGACCGACUCAAGCCGAGAGCAAGGCUGCUAAGACACCUCAGGAGGAGAAUUUGUUGAUUGACCUCAAGUUCCACAAGCGAAGCGACAAGAAGGGGAGCACGACGUCUUACCUCUACAAGUUAACACGUUUCUCCCUCGACAUUCUCCGAUCUGUCCUGAACAAGUACAGUUCCUUGCUUACGCCCGGGAACCUGGCAGGAUUCAUCCCCAUCAUCGGUGAUUCACUUGUCCAGUCUCACGAGGAAGUCAAGACUUCGGCCCUGCGCCUGUUGUCAACAAUCAUCAAGCUUCCCCUCCCAGAAAUUGACGCCAAUCAUCAUGUGUAUAUCACUGAGGCUGUCAAGGUCGUCAAAGAAGCACCGAGUACCAACACCGAAGCUGCGCAAGCGUCUCUGAAGCUUAUUUCGGCUAUGCUGCGAGAGCGGAAAAGCACGAAGAUCAGGGACGGCCACCUUGCCUAUCUCCUCCAACGUCUGACCUCGGACAUUGAGGAGCCUGACCGUCAAGGCGUGACCUUCAACUUCAUUCGUGCAGUGAUGUCUCGCAAAUUCGUCGUGGCUGAAAUGUAUGAGUUGGCUGAUAGCAUCGCUACGAUGAUGGUCACCAACCAGACCCGCGCCGCUCGUGAUCUAGCACGGGGCACGUACAUCCACUUUUUGAUCGAGUAUCCUCAGGCCAAGAACAGAUGGACCAAACAGCUUAGCUUCCUGGCAAAGAACCUGGAGUACAAACACCAAGACGGACGUCAAUCCGUCAUGGAAGCCAUUCACAUGCUCCUGUCCAAGACGGGCGACGAACUGGCUCAAGACAUCGUCAGCACCUUCUUCCUCCCGAUUGUUAUUGUAAUGUCAAACGACGAUGCGCCUGAGUGCAGGGAAAUGGCCGGUGCUUUGCUAGGAGAGCUCUACUCCAGAGCUGACAGGGAACAGAUGAAGACCAUGCUUACGCCUCUGCACUAUUGGCUGGAGCAGACGGACAACUUACUUUUGAACAGCACUGGUCUUCAGGCCAUGAGGAUAUACUUCGAAGCCGAGGCGACGGAGAAGGACAAGGAGGCUCGAUUCAUUUUGGAUAUCCUGCCCUCCAUCAUGCAGCCAGUUCUCAAGGCUGACGACAAUGAGAACUGGCAGACCCUGUACUAUGCUCUCCAACUGUUCUCAAAACUGUGCAAGACCGUCCCUACCAUGACGCUCUCCCCAGAGCGUGCGCCCAUUUGGGCUGCUGUCCGCGAGAGUCUCUUCUACACUCACGCCUGGGUCAAGACUUGCGCGACGAAUCUAAUCGGCACCUGGUUUGCAGACCUGGCACGCACCAACGCCACGAAAGGCUACGCUUCCAUCCCGCUGGCUGGAUCCGCGGGGCUGUCUCUCGACAAAGACGCCAUGUUGCAAUUGAUCCGGGCCAGUCUGCGCUGUCUCCACACCCCAGCAGUGAGCGAGGAGCUUGCCAUGCAAUCCGUGCGCAAUCUCAUCUUCCUGGGCCGAUGCUGUGCUCAAAACGGCCUGGAGUUCACCAGGGCCAACGGCAAGGACGCCGAGCUGGACGCCAGUGACAGCGAGAACGACGACGAGGAGGGGCAGGCGGGCGCUAAGCAGUCGUCUCCCUCGUCGAAGCCCGCCAUUCGGUAUAUCUUCGAGCAGACAUCGUCCAUUCUGCGGCGAGAACUCAUCACCACCCGGGCAGAAUCCCUGGUGCCCAAGAUCGCUGCCAUCGGCCUUCUGGCUUCUUUGUGCCGACACCUCGAGGUGGACCAGAUCAGCGAGUCUCUGCCUGUGAUCAUGCUCCCUCUCCAGCAUAUGACGGACAACACGAUUCCGGCGCCUCGCUCCUCCGACGAAGUGUUCCGCGAGUCCUACAAAUCGCUCGUCUCGAACUGCCACGAAGUACUCGACAUCCUGCAGAAGAAGCUCGGCACUACUGAGUUUGUGAAACAGAUGGGACUAGUCCAAGACGCGAUCAAGGAGCGGCGUGAAGGCCGCCGCGUCAAGCGACGGAUUGAAGCGGUGGCCGAGCCCGAGCGAUGGGAGAAAGACAAGAGGAGGAGAAACGAUCGCAAGCGCGAGAAGCGCAAGGAGAGGGGGGCGGAGCACCGCGGCAAGAGACGUGGUUGGUAGGGGGGAGGAUGUCUCUCUUACAUGAUGAAGCAAUUGUUUUUCUACUUCCCGGAGCAGCCAUAUCAAAAGUCCCGGCGUUAGAGGGAUCAUAGGAGAUUUAUCAUUCCAUCAUUCCAGUAUAUGACAAACAUCACAGCCAAUGAUUAUUAUUUUGUCUUUUACUUCGAACUUCACCUCAGGUCCGACCUUCACAUGAUCCAGAAUCCAGC